ACCAGCCUUGUCACCCUUCUCUGGACUCUCUCGAGCACCUCCAUGUCCUUCUUGUAGCGAGGAGCCCAAAACUGAACACAGUACUCGAUGGACAAGGUCAAAGCAGGAUGGUCUUGCCACACUACAAUGUGGCUGUCAGGUAUCACCACUGCUGGGGUCACAAUUGUACCUGAGAAUGAAGAUGCCGAGUGCACUUCAAUUUUUUGCUCAGCAUGUCAACAAGCAGUAUAUCCACACCAUCUUUUUUACCAUAAUAAAAAACACAAAGCCCUAACUUUGCUGGGCUACAAUAGCUCACAAACAGAGAUGGACAAUGAAACACUUUUAGCUCAGAGGCAGAAGCUAAUUUCAAAAUUGACCAAGCUUCCUAAAUAUUCUGAAAGACAUAAGCAGAAGAUUGAUAUUCAUUUUUCAUUUGAGUUCCUUAUGGACAAUCACAGUCCUACAUCAUAUUGUGAUCUCAACACCAGUCCCGGUAUUCUUAAAAAAAUAAAAAAUUUGUCAAUAAAAGCAUUAUCAGUUUGCCAAGAUAAAAAUUCCACAUGGCAGGGAGACAUGGAAGACAGAUUUUUUGUGGUGGACAACUAUAGAAACAGGUCAGAGUGUUUUCUGGGGCUAGUUGAUGGCUAUCACGGUGUGACAGCCGCAGAAAUGGUUGCAGCAGAGCUUCCACUUUCAUUUCUUGAUCAGCUUGCUCAAACAGAUUCCUCCUACAAAAAGACUGAGCAAAUUCUAAAUUCUUUUGCCACAGUAAUCGAGGCAGACUACAGGAAAAAGGAGAUUUUUUCUGAUAAACAGGACAAUGGUGAGAUCAACAAGACCAAUAAUUACGAAUGGAUUCACAAAGCAUAUGCCAAAUCCUUCUGGAGAAUGGAUAAACUUUUACGACUGGGAAGGAAUGAAGUUUCCAAAGUUCAAUGGAGCGGAUGCUCAGCUGUUACCUGUUUGAUGGAAAGACUCCCCAGCAAAAAUACAGACGGUAAUGAAGAAAAACACUUUGAAAACAGCACACAUAGUCCAUUAACCAGGACAGCUGAGGAUGUUGCUGGGUUACUGCACAUUGCUAACAUAGGGAAUGUGCAUGCAGUUUUAUGUAAAAAUGGCAAGAGUUAUUGCCUCUCAGAAGAGCACAGCACAUCUAAUGUAUGUGAGAGAAAACGCAUACUUCAGAAUGGUGGAAACAUCAGCACUAAUGAACCAGAUGGAUUAGUAGAGGGUCACCUCAGAACUACAAGGGGUCUUGGACAUCAUGGAGAUCCAGUACUGAAAAAAUCUGUUAUACCUGUACCUCAUAGCAUCUCUGUCACUAUUGAUAAUUCUUGCCAAUUUCUUGUUUUAGCUUCUAAUGGGCUUUGGGAGGUUUUGGAUUAUAAUUAAGUAUGUGCAUUAACACUAACAACAUUCACUCAUUAUUUGAGAAUGUAUGAAUAUGUUCACCGAAACGGGGCCUCUCUGUAUAAGUGUCAGUAUUUGAUGACCCUCUCUGAAGAGGACUUAAAUGGUUCAGAUGGUCUGCAAGAUAGAACAGAGACGCUGUACUCCAAUCAAGACAUUUUUCUCAGCAGGUCAAAAGGCAACUUCACACAAAGCAAGCCAAAAUGUUCUAGGAGUAGCUAUUUGCAAAGUGAAGACAAAGUUCCUAAGGAAACUGAUGACCACAAAAACCAAGCUGAUCCAGAGCUGUCUCUCUUCAGUAAUGAUGAAAUAGGUCCACAGAACAGAGGGACAAAACAUCAUAUUAGCACACAAGGUGACUCUGAAGAACUGACACAGUCAGAGGACAGAAAAAUUUGUCUAUGUAACAGUUUUCAGCCACAUUCACAUACUGCAGCUCAAGAAGAAACAGACACUGACACUCUGUGAUCUACAAACAUGAAACAGCCUCAGAAAGAUACAGAAGCAUACCUAUCUAAUUAUGACUCAAACCCACACCUGACAGAAAAAAUGGACUCCAAGAUACUCUGUGACAAACCUGCAAGUUAUACUAGCCAGCAACUGUUAAAGACCACAUUGCCAGUGGAUUGUAAAGCACCAACAGAUUUUGAACAAGAAAAAAUGUAUCUGUCUGAUUGUGAAUCACAAGCUGCAGGAAGAGGCUGGGUCACCUCUGAGAGGCUCUAUGAGAAAGCAGCAAGCUACAUCAGUGAACAACUGGUAAAGACUGCAUUAGCUGCAGGUUCAAGAAAUAUUACUAUUCUGAUUGUACUUCUAAAUGGAUGCGAUAAGAUACCUACCUACCUCAACAUUUGAAGAUUUAUCAUAUGGUAAGUGGAGUUUCACAGUACAUAAAGCACAAGCUUACAUUUAGCUGAGCCAUGAAGUUACACAAAAUCAUCUUAACUGCUGACCAGGGGAAUUAAUCAUACAUCUUCUCUCAAACCGUACAAAUGCAAUAAAAGCUUCUGAAAUUCACAGUAAAAAAGAGUAAUCAAAUUUUUUUUUUAACCACUUUAUUCAAACCUGAGCACCUCAAUAUAAAACUAAACACUGGUGAACUGUCAUUUUCCUUGCUAAACCCAGAUUACUGCAAAUUUAAAAUCUGCACAAGUUUCUGCUAUCAGUUCAACAUUUAAAUAGACUAAUUCAUCUCUUCUGACACACUUGGUAGAUUUCAUAUAAUGAAAAUAACUAAAAGAAUUAGUGCAAUAUACUGGACAGAUCAAAAUAAAAUGUACUUUGGAAAACAAAGUUGCAAAGUUCAUUACUGACAGAGAGCAGUACUUAUGUUACAGAUACAGGAGCAUCAUUUAUUACUGUUCUAGCCGUAAAGGAAGAACUUAGAACCCCCUUUGAUUAGAGAGGAAAAAAGUUAGCUUUAAGUAACUGUACAUUCUGUAUACCUUUAAGCAACUCUUAAAUAUUACAGAAAGUAUUAAACAAAUGUAGACUACAAUGCAGAGUACCUAUUUACAGUACAUUAAUAUCCUAAUUCAAAAUCAAGUUGGACGUCCAUAAUUGUUAGUGCACUAUUUUUUUCCUUAGGGGAAAAACAAACUGUAAUGGCCAGCAAUGAUCAAAAACAAGAAAGAAGUCACAGA